AUGAAAUGCUCGCUGCCGCCUCACAAGGAGGCCAUAAGCUUCAAGUCAUACGACGAGUAUGAGACUCAUUACAUCAAGGCACAUAUGAACCGUUGUUUAGAAUGCGGAAGGAACUUGCCGUCAGAGCAUCUGCUCAAUGUACAUCACGAAGAGUGCCACGACUCCUUCGCUGCUGUCCGACGGGAAAGAGGAGAGCACACCUAUUCCUGCUUCGUGGAGGGUUGCGAGAGAAAGUGCAUGACCCCGCAGAAACGCCGCAUGCAUCUCAUCGACAAGCACAUGUACCCCAAGAAUUUCUUUUUCGCGGUGACCAAAGAAGGGAUAGAUGGACGGCGCUCACUGCUGGUUGAAGGGGGUCAUCAUCGACGGAAGUCGUCUAACGUUACCAGUGCCACGGAAUCGAAGCGUAAAUCAAGCAUUCUGGAGUCGUCUAUAGCUGAGAGCAGCCAGAAAGAGGAGGAGCGUGGGGCAACGGAGCAUCAGGAAUCGGCCUCGAAGCAGUCGGCAACAAAGGGAUCGACAGCAAGGCGGCCAACCACGGCACAAGCAGAUCCAACAGAACGGCCAGACACAGAAAUGGACGACCUUGCAGGCGCUAUGUCGGCAUUGCAGUUCGUGCCGAACAGUGUACGGUUUGGGCGAGGCGGGGGGCGAGCAGGAUUUGCAAAACGAUGA